CACAAACACAUAUUCACAGCAAAAACUUCAAAGCCCCCAUUAAUCUCUAAAGAUAGCAUAAGCUUUCAAUUUCUAAAGAGAGACUUGAAAACCCUGAUUCGGAUCCAAUACCUGAAUAUGCCGAUUGGGUGGGUUAAAUCUUUGCAUUGUAAAUCAAGAGCUUUCGACGACGUCUAUCAUCACUCCAACAACGGCAAACUCUCGUUGCCAAGUUACAGCUGCAGAAAAUCGGUUAAAGACGUCAUCGAUACCCGACCAGGAUCCGGUAAUAAAAACCUUAAACCCGACUCGAAUUUAAGACGUUUACGGUCCUCUUGCCGACCCGAAUCAGCAUCCAAUUCUUCUUAUAACCCGACCCGACGAAGCGUAUCCGCAAGAGCUUCCACAGAGUCCGCUGCAUUGCCCGUUCUGACCGAUCUUCCCGAUGGCCAUCCGUCAAGAAACGUCGUGGAGAUUAUAUUCCAAUCUAGCUGGAGCUCCGAAGAAUUUCCGGGUCGGGUUGAGAUGAUUUUUAAAGUUGAAAACGGGUCGAGAGCUGUGACUCGGUUUGAGGAGUACAGAGAGGCUGUGAAACUGCGAUCGCGCUCCAACUUGGAUUCAGAUGAAGGCGCGUGCGAUGAGGACGCGAGGUGUUCGGCGGAUGGGAAUGAGAUGAUGAGGUUUUAUCCGUUAGGUCCGAUUCCGGGAGGGAUUAACGGCGGCGCGUGGGUUUUUCCAGGAGGUAAAGGAGCGGCGGUUUGUACGUUUUCAGGUAGCGGUGAAGCGCAUGAUAGCACAGGUGGCGGAGGAGGGAGGAGAGCGAUGCUGAUUUGUAGAGUAAUAGCGGGUCGGGUUGCGAAGAAAGGCGAGUUCGGGUCGGAUUCAGUUGCGGGUCGAGAUGGUGAGUUGAUUGUUUUCGAUGCACGCGCUGUGUUGCCUUGUUUUCUAAUCUUUUUCAGAUUGUAAAAAACAAUAAUUAUCGAACUUUGUAAAAUAAGUAUAUAUUUUAUAUAUCGUCCAUGUUUCUGAUUAAUAUCAAAAUUUGGCG